AGAUUACUCACCGACGACGGCGCGGGUGAGCGAUGCCGUCAUUCUCCGACGACGUGCUUCCUGCGCACUCGUCUUCGUUUACGUCGCAUGGGUCGUUCCUCCAAGCAAGCCCGUUUGAUCCUUGUCGUUCUAUCGGCGUGCUCGCUCGUGUCCAUCGACGCGGCGGCCGGCGGCGUCUGCUUUGACGUGGCGGACGUUGGCAACAUCGACGCGCACUUUCGCCAAAUCAAGUCCAAGUUCUCCGCCGUCCGAGUAUACGAGACCCAAAUGGGCAGCACGAAUGCGAUUGUGGCCGCCGCUAAAGCUGGCCUUCAAAUUGCCGCCGGCGUCUGGAUCCGCAGCGGGGAUGCCAAGGUCCAAGCCGACAUUGACGCGAUUGCGGCCGGCAUCAAGGCGCACCCGGACACGGUCGUCGCUGUCUACGUCGGCAACGAAGACUUGUCCAACGGUGUGUCCGAGCAAACCGUCGUCGCCAGAGUCAACCAAGUCAAGGCCAGUCUCAGUCGCCUCGGCGUGCCAGUCGGGUCGGUGCAAGUGGAUGGCGACUUCUUGGGUGCUGGAGCGCUCGCUGCCGCGUGUGAUGUUGUUGGCGUCAACAUUUACCCGUUCUUUGGUUCAUCGCCCGAUUCGAUCUCGCGCCCGAUCUACGACCUGAACACUCGAUGGAUGCGCGUGACGGCCAAGUACGGCGGGAAGGCCAAGCUGACCGAGACGGGGUGGCCCACCACCGGCACGUACAACGGCCAUGUCGGCAACUUUGCCAACGCGAAAGCGUACUGGGAGUCCUAUUCCGAGUGGUCGUACGGCAAUGGCGGCGGCAUCCCGUUCUACUUUCAACACCGCGACAUUGCUGGCAAAGCACCCGAGUACGAAGCGCACUUUGGCCUCGUCGAUGGAUCAGGCAACUGGAAGUUUGACGUUGCGCCGCCGCCAUCCUCGCCGACUUCUCCGCCGACUCCCCCGCCAACUCCGCCGCCAACUUUCCCGCCAACUCCGCCGCCAACUUCCCCGCCUACCUCGCCGCCAACUCCGCCGCCAACUCCGCCGCCAACUUCCCCGCCUACCUCGCCUCCCACGGAACCACCGACUCCCCCGCCUACCUCGCCUCCCACGGAACCACCGACGACUGCCCCACCGACUACAACUGAAGCCUCGCCACCGGCGACGACAGCGGCACCGACUGACGAGCUUACCACAGCCACGCCUGAAGCGGCCACAACCUUGGAACCUACCACGAUUGCCACAACUUCCUUUGUCGAGUUGACUGAAACGAACUCGACUGCCGUGGAUGCGAUGAACAAUACGUUUGCGAAUGCGUCGGCCACCAACGACUUGUUCACGGCAAGUGCGGAAACGUUGGUGUCUUCGUCGAGCGACGGCGCAACGAACUCUGCGGAUGCCCCGGUCGUAGUUGGAUCGGGCGGUUCUGGUGCUGCUGGAGGUGUGGCGGGCUCUGGUGCUGCUGGAAGUGCAGCAGGUGCACCGCCGACCGCCUCCGACUCGACAUCUAUUGGGAGCUCAGGUGGCAUCAAUGCCAGUGUGUCGUCUGCCGACUCUUCGACGUCCAACCCCGCACCCACGAUCUUUUUGAGUGCCGGGUGCGCACUUGCAGUUGCCGCCACAGCGCUCUUUGUCGUUCGUCGUCGAGCUCAGUCGUUGGAAGAGGGCAAAGACGCGUUUGAUCCCGAGUUUGGCCUCGACUCGCCCCAAACGGCAGUCCACUCUUCCCGUGGUGGUGACUACCCCAAGCAACCAGCAACUGCCCAAGCAACAAGCACCCCUGUUGCAACGCAAACGGCGCUGACAACUCCUCAGCAACCGUGCGAACCGAGUCUUUUCAACCCCAAAGACAGCUUGUUUGGUGUGGCGAUGCUAGAAGAUCGACCGAGCACGAUGCUGGACACCAUGGAUGACAUCCGCGAGUCGGAAGACUACAUCCACGAAAGCAUCUCUGACGACGACGCCGCUUCGUUGGACAAUCGCCCGUCCGCGGCGACCUCCGUGUUGAGCGCUUCAGCAGAAUUUUUGUUGUAAGAAAAAAUGGCCAAAAAAUCGAUUUUUUGGCAAA